UGAGGACAGGCAGUGAGAGGCAGACACCCAGGAUCUCCUUCCUUCUUCGCUCCCUCCACCGUAAACCUCCUGACUCUGACAGAGAAUUGGAGGGAAGAGACUAGGGGUGAAAGGGGUGUACCUUGGAGCCUCCGGUGGGGUUCCAGUGGGGAGGUGGAGUGUGCAGCUCUUAAGAUGCGCGCAGCCAUAGCAGCAGCACCUGUACACUGAGGAUCCCUGACCCUGUAGAGCCAGAGUUCAUCACCUAGGAGGAGAUGCUGUUUGAACCCUAAUCGAUUAAUGUGACAGUGUCAGGUGGACCAACAGCUGUCCCACUGCCCCCUUUGUCAGGGAGGUGCUGAGAGUGGGGGAGCAUGGAGGAGAGUAAGAACGAGAUGAUGACUCGAGCACAUGCCCUCUUUGACCGGUUUGUGCAGGCCACUACCUGCAAGGGAACCCUCAGGGCCUUCCAAGAGCUCUGUGACCACCUGGAACUGAAGCCCAAGGACUAUCGCUCCUUUUAUCACAAGCUCAAGUCCAAGCUCAACUACUGGAAAGCCAAAGCCCUCUGGGCAAAGCUGGACAAACGGGGCAGCCACAAAGACUACAAGAAGGGAAAAGCAUGCACAAAUACCAAGUGUCUCAUCAUUGGAGCCGGGCCCUGCGGUCUCCGCACAGCCAUCGACUUAUCCUUGCUGGGAGCCAAGGUGGUCGUUGUCGAGAAACGAGACGCCUUCUCCCGCAACAACGUCUUGCACCUCUGGCCGUUCACCAUCCAUGACCUGCGAGGUCUGGGGGCCAAGAAAUUCUACGGCAAGUUCUGUGCUGGAGCCAUUGACCACAUUAGUAUCCGUCAGCUUCAACUAAUACUUUUGAAAGUAGCCUUGAUCCUAGGCAUUGAAAUCCAUGUCAAUGUGGAAUUCCAAGGACUCGUACAUCCUCCUGAGGACCAAGAAAAUGAACGGAUAGGUUGGCGGGCACUGGUGCACCCCAAAACACAUCCUGUAUCAGAAUAUGAAUUUGAAGUGAUCAUCGGAGGGGAUGGCCGUAGGAACACCUUGGAAGGAUUUCGUCGGAAAGAAUUUCGUGGCAAACUGGCCAUUGCCAUUACAGCAAAUUUUAUUAACCGAAAUACAACAGCCGAAGCCAAAGUGGAGGAGAUCAGUGGUGUGGCUUUUAUAUUCAACCAAAAAUUUUUCCAGGAGCUGAGAGAAGCCACAGGUAUCGAUUUGGAGAACAUUGUCUACUACAAAGACGACACACACUAUUUCGUUAUGACGGCCAAAAAGCAGAGCUUACUGGACAAAGGGGUUAUACUGCACGACUACGCCGACACAGAGCUCUUGCUGUCCCGGGAGAACGUGGACCAGGAGGCACUGCUGAACUACGCCAGGGAGGCGGCCGACUUCUCCACCCAGCAGCAGCUGCCAUCUCUGGAUUUUGCCAUCAAUCACUAUGGGCAGCCUGACGUGGCCAUGUUCGACUUCACAUGUAUGUACGCCUCCGAGAACGCAGCGUUGGUGCGGGAGCAGAAUGGACACCAGUUACUAGUGGCUCUGGUUGGCGACAGCCUCCUAGAGCCUUUUUGGCCAAUGGGAACAGGAAUCGCCCGGGGCUUUCUAGCUGCUAUGGACUCUGCCUGGAUGGUACGAAGUUGGUCUCUAGGAACAAGCCCCUUGGAAGUCCUGGCAGAGAGGGAAAGCAUUUAUAGGUUGCUGCCUCAGACCACCCCUGAGAAUGUGAGUAAAAACUUCAGCCAAUACAGCAUAGAUCCUGUCACCAGGUAUCCCAAUAUUAAUGUCAACUUCCUCCGGCCAAGCCAGGUGCGCCAUUUAUACGAUACUGGAGAAACAAAGGAUAUCCACCUGGAAAUGGAGAACUUGGUGAAUUCCCGAACUACUCCAAAGUUGACGCGCAAUGAGUCUGUUGCUCGUUCAAGCAAACUUCUGGGUUGGUGCCAAAGGCAGACAGACGGCUACGCAGGAGUGGAGGUGACAGAUCUCACCACGUCUUGGAAAAGCGGGCUGGCCCUGUGUGCGAUUAUCCAUAGGUACCGCCCUGAUCUGAUAGAUUUUGAUUCUUUGGAUGAGCAAAACGUGGAGAAGAAUAACCAGCUGGCCUUUGAUAUUGCUGAGAAGGAACUGGGUAUUUCUCCCAUCAUGACUGGCAAAGACAUGGCAUCGGUGGGGGAGCCAGACAAGCUGUCCAUGGUGAUGUACCUGACGCAGUUCUAUGAGAUGUUUAAGGACUCGCUCCCCUCCAGUGAUGCCCUGGACCUGAAUGCGGAGGAGAAGGCAGUCCUGAUAGCCACCACCAAGUCCCCCAUCUCCUUCCUGAGCAAGCUGGGCCAGACCAUCUCUCGGAAGCGUUCGCCCAAGGAUAAAAAGGAAAAGGACUUGGAUGGUGCUGGAAAGAGGAGAAAGACCAGUCAGUCGGAGGAGGAGGAAGUGUCCCGGGGCGGCAGAGGAGCGAGGCCCAUGCUGGUGAGCACCCUGACAGACAGGAGAAUGGAUGCAGCUCUGGGCAGCCAGAACAAAGUGAAGUACAUGGCCACCCAGCUGCUGGCCAAAUUUGAGGAGAAUGCGCCCCCACAGUCCGCCGGCACCAGGAGACAGCCGACACAAGAGCGUGGGGUCAGCCAGCCGUCCUGCUGCCUACCUGAGCAGGGUCGCCCUGCUCCCACCCCUCAGUGGAAACAGCGACAGGAAAAGGAGCGUUCUCGGACCUGCCCCAAAAAAGUGAUCACACUCCUCUCUCCUCCCCACACCCUACCUCCCUGUGGGGCACGUGGAGGCCAGCAGACGAACAGGGACCUUGAUGCUGACAGCCGCGGCAAGCAGAGUCCCCGUCAUGAGAGGCCAGAGCCUGAACCUUCUCGUCGGUUUUUUGUCGAUCAGUGGGAGCUUUCUCUUAGCCUCCGUUCCUCCAGCCGCCCCGCCUCUCCCUCCUCUGACUCCCUCCGACAGAAGUAUAUAAAGAUGUACACAGGCGGAGUGAGCUCAUUGGCUGAGCAGAUAGCCAAUCAGCUUCAAAGGAAAGAACAGCCCAAAACCCUUCUAGACAAGAAGGAACUGGGCUCCAUCAAGAAGGAGUUCCCGCAGAACUUGGGGGGCAGCGACACCUGUUAUUUCUGCCAGAAGCGGGUCUACGUGAUGGAGAGGCUGAGUGCCGAGGGCAAGUUCUUCCAUCGUAGCUGCUUCAAAUGCGACUACUGUGCUACCACCCUGCGCCUGUCGGCAUACGCGUAUGACACCGAGGACGGUAAAUUCUACUGCAAACCGCACUACUGUUACCGACUCUCGGGCUCCGCACAGAGGAAGAGGCCGGCGUUGACUCCUCUGUCUGGAAAGGAGGCCAGAGGACCCCUGCAGGAUGGCCCCACUGCAGACGCAAAUGGACGGGCCAGCACCGUCGCCAGCCCUGCUGAGAGAACUCCAGGUUCCAGUGUGAACGGCCUGGAGGAGCCCAGCAUUGCCAAGAGACUGCGGGGCACACCUGAGAGGAUUGAGCUGGAGAACUACCGCCUGUCCGUGAGGCAGGCCGAGGGGCUGCAGGAGGUGCCUGAGGAGACGCAGGCCGAGCACAACCUGAGCAGCAUGCUAGACAAGGGCACCGAGGAGGACGCCGCCAGCAGCAGUUCUGAGUCUGAGAUGGAGGAGGAGGAGCCUCCUCUGCCCACCUCAGACCUGGGUGGCGUUCCUUGGAAGGAGGCUGUGCGGAUUCACGCUCUUCUGAAAGGAAAGAGUGAAGGGGAGCUGGAGGCCUUGGAGAGCUACGAGCUUGGGGACAAGGAGGACGAGGACGACGAGGAUGACGAGGACGAAGAUGAAGAGGAGGACGAGUCUAGUGAAGAAGGGGAGUAUUGCCCCCGGGACAGAGAACUCCUGCAAGGCCAGUGGCUCCAGCACCUGUCAGAGGAAGAAGAUUCGGGUACAUGUAAAGCCGGGAGCCAGAGGCCACAGCAGAUCGUAAGUGCAGCCGACCCCCUGGAGAUCCAGGCCGAUGUGCACUGGACACACGUGCGCGAGAAAGAGGAGGAGGAGCGGGUGGCACCGGCCUCCGGGUCCUGUGCUUCUGGAGUGCCUGACCUUCCCUCCAUACGCCGUGCAGCAGUGCAGGCCUGGCUGGAGACGGUCUCCGGAGUCCCAUUUGAUGAGAAUGACCUGGAGGAAGAUGAGGACUCGGAGCCGGCAGAGAUAGAAGGGGAGGCAGCAGAGAAUGGGGACACAGGGGACACUGGUGCUGAGCUGGACGAUGAUCAGCACUGGUCUGACGAUGGCCCAUCAGAUGCCGAGACGGAGCUUUGCAGGCAGCACCAGGCCGAGGUGGAAGUGGAACUGCUGAGGAUCUCAGAAAACGAGAAGCAGCCCCCUUCCACACCAUGGCGCCAUGAGAGAGGUCCCUCCAAAGUCUCCAGCCCUACCCCGUCCCCUGAGGAACAAGCUGUGCUGUUCCCCCCAGUCCACAGCCCCGUGGCAGAGGGGGCCCGGAUCCCACUCGCCUCUGUGGCUGCCAAGAUGAGAUCUCCCGAGGAGCGCCUUUUCCCAGAGCCUCUGGUCCCCAUAGCAGAAGCUCCCUCUGGCCAGAAAGCUGUGCACUCUCCCAUCCGGUCACAGCCGGUGGCUCUGCCAGAGGCCGUGACGCCUGCCUCCCCAGUUAGUUCACAGGGCCUGUCUCCGUUGGCCACCUCCACCCCCACCCCCACCCAGCUCCCCAUUUGCUCCCAGCCUCAGCCUUCCUCUGAGGCCACCGUCCCAUCACCCACCAAGUCCCCAAUAUGCUUCCAGCCUGUUCCAGCCAAAACAUCCACCCCCCUUGCGCCCCUCCCCCUGAGUAACCAAGGGGACACCAAGGACAGACUGGGCAGCGCCCUGGCUGCAGACGAGGCCCUGAAGCGGAGCGACCUGGUGGCCGAGUUCUGGAUGAAGAGCGCCGAGAUCCGCCGCAGCCUCGGCCUCACACCCGUGGAGCGGAGCCAGGGGCCUGCGCACGGCUUCCCCUCACCUUCCUGGAAGCCAGUGUCCCUAAAAUCCUCUUUGGUCGACAAGUCCCCUCAGGGUGAGGGGCUCCAUCUUCUAAAACCUCCCCCCGUUCCUAAGAGGCUGGGCCUGCCGAAGACAGAUGGUGACCAGCCCUCCCUGCCGACCCCCAAGUCCCCGUCUGACAGAGAGCUGAAAAGCUCCCACGAGGAGCGGAGAGACCUGUCUAGCAGCUCCGGGCUGGGCCUUCACGGGAGCUCCUCCAACAUGAAGACCUUGGGCAGCCAGAGCUUCAACACGUCCGAUUCCACCAUGCUCACCCCGCCCUCGAGCCCACCCCCGCCCCCACCCCAGGACGAGGAGCCCGCCACUCUGCACAGGAGGCCGUAUCAGACACGUGAGCAUAAGGACACAGAGCCCAAGGCCUCUGUGAUCCCACCCCCCCCGCCUGCCACCUUCAUGCGGCCCCCCCGAGAGCCUGCCCAGCCCCCCCGAGAGGAGGUACGGAAGUCAUUUGUAGAGAGUGUGGACGAGAUCCCCUUUGCCGAUGACGUGGAGGAUACGUAUGAUGACAAGACUGAGGACGUGAGCCUGCAGGAGAAGUUCUUCACACCCCCUUCCUGCCGGUCCCGCUCCGAGCAGCCCCUCCACACACCCCCAGCCAAGGAGAACGGUCCGUUGCCUGCUCUGGACAGUGGGCUCCAGCCGCACAAAAGGGUGCUGCCUGUGGUCUCUCCAGAAGCCAAGGAGCUGGCUGAGGAGCGCAUGCGAGCCAGAGAGAAGUCUGUGAAGAGCCAGGCAUUGAGAGACGCCAUGGCCAAGCAGCUGAGUCGGAUGAAGGAGAUGGAAAUGGUAGCCGGGACCUCCAGGCCCCCAGGAGGCACCUCUCGCAAAGUCUCCUCAACACCCUCCAAGGGCAAAGCCCUCAGCCUUGACUCCCCUAAACACCUGGUCCACACAGGCCCUGGGGAGCCCACUCUGAAGCACGAAGCUACUAGUGAGGAGAUCCUCUCCCCUCCAUCGGACUCGGGGGGCCCAGAUGGCUCAGUCACCUCAUCCGAGGGCUCCAGUGGGAAGAGCAAGAAGAGAUCGUCCCUGUUCUCCCCCCGCAGAAACAAGAAGGAGAGGAAGUCCAAAAGUGAGGUCCGGCCCUCAGAGAAGCCCAGCCCCAGCCUGCUGGAGGGAGCGGCCGCCAAGCCCAGGUCAUUGUGGAAGUCAGUCUUCUCUGGGUAUAAGAAGGACAAGAAGAAGAAGGGCGACAACAAGUCCUGCUCCAGCACCCCUUCCAGUGGUGCCACCGUGGACUCUGGCAAGCUCAGGACGUCCCCGAUAGUGAGAGCAGAGCUGCAGCUCCGGCGCCAGCUGAGUUUCUCCGAGGACUCUGACCUCUCCAGUGACGACGUCCUUGAGAGGGCCUCGCAGAAGUCUAAGCGAGAGCCAAGAACAUACACGGAGGAGGAACUGAAUGCCAAGCUGACCCGGCGUGUGCAGAAGGCGGCUCGGAGACAGGCCAAGCAAGAGGAACUGAAGCGGCUGCAUCGAGCCCAGAUUAUCCAGCGGCAGCUGGAACAGGUGGAGGAGAAGCAGCGGCAGCUGGAGGAGAGAGGGGUCGCUGUGGAGAAGGCUCUCCGUGGUGAAGCAGUUGAGCCCAGUGGCGGGACUCCACGGCGUAGACCUCUCUCCUUCUGCCCUUGCUGUGUCCAGGAAGGCAUGGGCAAGAAGGAUGACCCCCGGCUGAUGCAGGAGUGGUUCAAGCUGGUGCAGGAGAAAAACACCAUGGUGCGCUACGAGUCAGAGCUCAUGAUCUUCGCCCGGGAGCUGGAACUGGAGGACCGGCAGAGCCGACUGCAGCAGGAGCUCCGGGAGCGGAUGGCGGUGGAAGAUCACCUGAAGACUGAGGAGGAGCUGUCGGAGGAGAAGAAGAUCCUGAACGAGAUGCUGGAGGUGGUGGAGCAGAGAGACGCCCUCGUAGCACUGCUAGAGGAGCAGCGACUCCGGGAGAAGGAGGAGGAUAAGGACCUGGAGGCCGCCAUGCUGUCAAAGGGCUUCAGCCUAAACUGGUCCUGAGCUCCCACCCACACGCCGGCCACUGCCUGUGCAUCCACCUGACCUGGGCUGGGCUCUCCCAGACCCCCGGGUCCGACAUCUGAGAAGGCCUGGCACCUCCUGGGAGUUUGCACUCAGUGUCCACGUGCCUCUUGAAAGUGGGUCAGGUGUCUGCUGUGGGGGACCCCAGGUGAAGGGAAUUACUGAGGUGGCUUCACCUCCUCGGAGAGACGUGGCCUGCCUUCCUGCUGGCUCCGGGGAGAGACGAUCAUGGAGCAUCACGUGGGGGAAGAAAGGCCUGCACGUGCCCCGAGGACGUGCGGUGAUGCGCGCUCCUUGCACAGGCACAUUUGAUCAAAGAAGGAUGCUGCCUCCCUAUCAGAACCACAGCCCCCAGAGUACAUCCCACAGAGAGGAGGGGGCAACUGUCUUCAUGCUCCCUGAAGUACCACCAAAGAAGUGAAGGAAACAGCCCAGGAAAGCCACAUGUGACUCAAGACCGGGAGAGGGGCCAUGGCCAAUCAGGGUGACGGCUGCCCCAGCCUUGCAGGAAAGCCAGGGGGGCCAGCUCCUGAGUUCAUUAUGCAAGUAAGGAGGACCCAGGAGGGGCCUGCUCCCCGGCCCACCCCACACACUGGACCACGUGGCCAAAUGCCCCAGGCCUCUCUCUGAAUGUGGCCUGAGGCCUGUGGAUCGCUGCAUUUUGCUUUUAUGUCACAACCAUCUUAACACUGGAAAAUGCUGACUUUGGAGAACAGAUGAGGCUCUACAUUUCAAGCCCCCAGUUGACAGACAGGCGUUGUCACUGUUCAGGGCUUAGGUCGGGGCAGGAGUCAUCCUCCUCAGUAUUUUUCCUGCGUUUGCACAUUGAAAUGAAGCUGACAACCUGGCAAGACACUCAGCCGCUUUGGACCCUUUUUGUCAAUUAACUUAUUUUUUUAAAUACUUGAAAAGAAGCAACUUCAUUUUUAUAUCUGUACUAGAGACACCGAUCGCCUGGCACCUGCCGUGGGAGUGACAGAGGUGCCCCAUCCCAGCCUGACUGAACACUGUUACAGCCAUCUAUUUAUUAGCCUUCUUCCUGGUGUUACUGCCCCAGCUGGCCUCAGCGAGCAGCUGAGACCCUCGUGGGGGCCCCUGCUCACCCCUUUUCUGUCCCCUCCUCUGUUUUGUGGCCAGCUCCUCCUCCUUCACCUGGCAUCCUGUUCUCACUCUGGCACCAGACUUUAUAUCCGCACCUCCCACUUGUCAAGGAGACAUUUCAGCCUUGUCUGAGGCCAGACCAGCAGGCAUAGAUACCUCCUCUCUCCCUGUGGGAACACUGGCUCAGCAGAACCCAUGUUUUUUCUGUUUGGAUAAUGGGGUUUCAGCUUCCACAACACUUUUAUUAAAGAAAGUUGGUGUGGCUCUGAGGCUGGCUGAGACAGUGCCUGGUGGGGCCUUGUCAUCGAUCUGGCUGGUGACGAUACCUCAGCCCAGCUUCAGGGCCACUGGGUAGAAAGGCAGGUGGUGCAGCAGGUACUGGGGUGUCGGUCGGUUUCUCACUCACAGGUAGCAGCUCCAGCCCAAACCCCCCAGUACCCAGGUCUUCAUGAGGAGACGGAUACUAAGUACCACGUAACCAGCUCUUUGGGCCAAACUCUGCUCAUUUCUCAUGAUUCAGCCAGAGGCUGGCUGUGGAUAACUCGCAGAGCCACUGUCUAAGGAGACCUGGUGGGCAGUGUUUGUCCAGCCGCAGAGUUAGCACACCGUUAGCCCAGGGAGGAGGCCCGUCAGUGCCAGGCCAGUCUGGAGGGUCCUCCAGCCGACUCCUGUGGGGACGGGCCAGUGUAGAGACCACAGUGGCCCGGAAACUCUCCAAGGCCGCAUGAGGGCAGGAUGGGUCGGGCGUCCAUGCUGACCUUGGAACUUCCAUGGGGAACACACUGCCUCAACUUGAACAUUCAUUCUCACUACAGAGGAGCAAAGAACCUGUCUCAUUCUUCACUUUGUCCAAAAGCUGCCAUCUCGCUCCUGUGAAAAUCCAGGAGGCGUGCUGCUAGCAGCCCUGCACUCUGACUUCUUCACUUCCUGUUUGCUGGUGAGGCAGGCAGAGUCUCUGUUUUUAUUCUCUUUUCUUAAAAGGGGGAGGGAGAUGUCCUAGAUUCCAACUUUAAACCCCAAUCUUUCAAUAAAAUUCAACUUGGGAAGGACCUUCAUCGCCUGUGUGGCCUUUUCCCUAAGCCUCCCCCUCUGAAAGACCGUCGUGCCUGGGCCCGCUCUAGGAGAGCUGCCUCGGUCCCUGUAACUCCUGCUAACCCAGAGCAAGGAAGUGGCUGGGGAGGAUGUGGCUACAGUGUCCUCCGAGUAGCCUGAUGGAGCGGGAGCAGCAGGUGUUACUGUCUGGGCCUUGCUGCAGCCUUCCACUGCAAGCACUGCUGCCUUCAGCCACUACAGUGGGGGCUGAAGACUUCGCAGAGAAGCUUUCAAAAUCCACAAGCCUGUCAAAUAUUUCCCAGCUCUCCACUCCCAACAGUAUCACGACUUAAGUUCUAGCAGGGCACUUCUUUUUACAGCUCCCAUGUCACAACCACUAGUCUGCAGUUUGUUUAGUACUCUGGUGACAUGCUUUCCAGCUCUGGAAAUGCAUGCAGCUCCAGGCAGGUUUUCUUCCUGAGAGUUAAGUUUCCUUGAGGGUGGGGGAAGAGCAGUAUAUGUAUUUAUCUGAAAUGCCAGCGGCCGGGUGAGCUCACACACAAGGCCGACCAACCCAGUGGGCAGCCAGGCUCAGCAUCACGGAGAGUGGGCAGCAGCUGGCACGCCUCCCUGGAGUCAGUCACCAGCAGUGGAGCUGGCCAACCAUGGUGUGGGGUUCUGAACUGCUCAGACGACACCUUUGGGCCUUUGUCCCCAGGGGCCAUCCUCCAGUUGUUUUUGAGCCAGUGAUAGACUACUUAUGCUUUCCAAAGAGAAGAAAAUUCUCAGUGAGGCAGGAAGUAGAGAAAAUGUAAAGAAAAAAUUUCAAAGGUAGUAACAACUGAGCUACAAAGGGGAAUGGGCCAUUUUGUGCACAGUAAAAGUUUUCAAAGAAACAGUGUAUUUCUUAAGUCGUUGUACUGGACUUGGCAGUGAGCCAGGAUGCAUUUCUGCGUCCACCACCUGCCUUUUCCAGGUAGGGGCAUCUGUGCAAGGCACUGUGUCCAGUGUUGUGUGGGUGUGUACAAGGUUGUUUAAAGAGGACAAUUUUAUUCUUUUUAGUUUGUGCUUUUUUUAGUUCUCCAUGUUAUCCUGGCUCAGCCAUCAACGGUCACCGCUUGAGAAAAUGUCAGAAGCAACCCAGUGUGGUAAAAAGCUUCUCUUCAAAACCAAGUCUCAGUACACCCUCGUGAAGAGAAGAAACGUGUCCUAGAGAGUCUCCAAGUCAGAGUUACCCUGUGUCCUGGCAGCCUUCCUUGCCGGUGCUGCUUCUGGGCUCUGGCCUUGGACAGCUGACCUGGGAGCCCAAGGUAUGGGGCCUACAGCCUGUAGGCCUAGUCAUUCAGAUGUAUCCGUGUCCCCAAGUAAAUUCAGUGCAUGGGGUCUCAGAGAGCUGAUGUCACCUUUCUUCAGACUGGAAAUAUCCCCGAGAUUUGAAGGGAAUAAUCCUGGCUAACUCUCCUCUCUCUGCUACAAGAAGCCUCCUGGGGUGAUUUUCCAAACAGAGGCAGAGUCCAGCUCUGUCCUCCACCGUUGGUGUGUUGAUCCAUCAGGAGUGUAGCUGACUUCAUCAUGACCCACGGAGCUAAUUCCAAAGACAUGAUGCUUCCCUCUGGAGCAGUAAUUAGAGAGAAAAAAAAGGUCAAUAGAUGGAUGGAGGUGAGCCUUGCCCAGCUUAGAGGUCAGCUGGAGGUCACUGCCUUGGAAGCUGACGCCCAGAGCCUUCUGGCUGUAUUGCCAGCUAUUCCAGAAGAAAAAAAGGACCUAGCUGACCCAGAUGUACACAUCUCAGCUAGAAACAACAGAGCCAGCUUGCGUGAAUAUACUGUGGCCCUAAAUUCCUAAAAGAAAAGAUGGAUCAUGACACGUGCCUGCCGGGAAAGAGAGGAGUUUGGUAGUCACCUGUCACCUUUUGUUCCUCAGAGGGCUACUGACUAGCGCUGGAAGCAGACAGGAUUUGGCUGCAGUUCACAGCAACCCCAGCAGCAGAAACUGGUGCCUCUUAGGUAGGCAGCUAGGAAGGAGCACUGCGCAGCCCCAGGAAAUGGCCCAGCAGAAGCACAUUCCCCUUUCUUUCCAAGAAAUGACCAUGUCUGAUGGUUUCAAAAUCCCUCCUGAACUCUGAAUCCUCAUGGUCCCUUCUUAGGAAUCAGAGUGGAAAAUGAUAAAGGGAGAAUGUCCCACUUCAUUUCACUUUACAAACUGGCCAAACCGGCCCACGUAAGGAGACCCCUCCUCCUUUGUGUUACCUGAUCGGAAGGUCCUCGCCCCAGUGAUGCUCAAUGCGGAGGGUAAGAAACCAUCCUCCUAGGUGGGUUAUGUCCCACCAAAGCACUAGCCCGGGGGGUGGCCAGAGCCACACCUUGUCAUCCUGAACCAAGGAGCGUAUUAGACCAGGCGCCCCGGGGACACGGACACGCUCCAGUGAUGCUCCCAGAUGGCCUGUAGCAUUUUGUGACAGACCCACUCCUUGUGUCCCCUGCCCUGAGGCGUACACAGGGAAGCUGGUCUCCCCCUCUCUGCUCGAGAAGCCACCUGUGACCAGGACAGACAGAGAGGGGAGACAGUGUCCCAUGACGCACACACGUGUGUACACGCACACACACUUCUUUCCCCUGCCCCCAGCAUGUCCUUUAUGAACCAGAGUGGACAUCUAGUUCAAAGGAGGUUGGAUUUCAGCCUUUGGCACCAGAUGGGACCAGCUGUGGUUUGACCCAGGCCUGAGAGCUAAGCAGGAUCCAAGUAGAAGAUCUUCCUGCAGCAGUAAACAGCCUAGAGUCUGGAAGGCUGCAGCUCUAUUGAAUGGUCUGCAAAGUGGCAGAUGGAGCAUCCGCCAGCCCAUGGGAAGGGCCUUCUGGAGUGCCCUUGAGAGAGGAGCCACCUCUCAAGUGAGGCUCUUGUGAAGUGAGGACGAGGUUUGGUGUCUGUCCACACGUGAAGGCAGUAGGAUGUGAGUAAGGCAAGAUCAAGGUCAAUGUUCAGACGUGGAGCUUGUCCUGCCUCUUCCCGACUUCAGACGUAGUCUUAGGCCCAUCAAUUAACUGGCCAGUGCCUGCCUGCUCCUGUCUCACCUGGGCUGGUGAGCAACCCACAGGAUGGGGAAGGCAGUGCAUUGAAGGGUCUGAGAUUCUUUCAUCAGGGCCUGUGCAAAUGCACCCACAACUUCCAUGUUGAUAACGAACAUUCGCCUUGAAGAAGGGUAAGAAACUCGAGGAGGGCUGAGCACAAGGGGCUGCCAGCACCUCCAGGGGCUGGCUCCCCACUGCCCAAGGUCAUGCCAGGUCUAUCUGGUGAGCCAACGGAAUUGGGGGUUUAUUUUUAAUUAUUUUAAAUGUUGGGCUGUUGUCACUCCAAUAAGCUUUAGUUUUAAAAAAAAUGUGUUGGGCUGAACCCUCUGUUUCAGGAUCUUAGCUUAUUAGAUAUAGACUGCUAUAGGCAGGCAGUGUUCAGACAUUCAGACAGGUUGGGGCUGGGUGUGUGCCUGCAGCUGCGCAGUGCUGAGCCUGAGUCAGCACUGGGGACUUGCAGCUCCUUGGAACAAACCAGCACUCCUGGCUCAAGGGGAUGCCCCGUCUUUUCCCUGCUGCCUCAUCUGCAGCCCAGAGAAGCCAGAGUCUUGACUCCUGAGGGGUGGCAGCCCCAGAGUGUCUUCAAAGGAACCACUUCAGAACGGCCUCAGCCGCUGCUCCUGGAAGAUGUGAGAGCAGCCCCAGGAGCUGCCAAGUGCUGCUGUGGGAGGAGGUUUGGAAGAAGCAUCAAGAAAGGACAUGUUUUCUGUAGAGAGGAAUGAACAUCCCUUAGUGCCGACUUUGCAGUAGUUUACACAUACGUGUAAAGUUCUCCUGUGUAGGUGAAGAGCCCUGCCGACCCUGUUCGUGGCUCAGACUUUUAUAGUCAUUCAAGCAAAGGAAGAGGGAACAAGCAGAAAGUACCUUUGUUCAGACGUGGUAGCGCACACUCCACGUAACCUCCAGCCCUUUGCACUCCACGUGGGGCCAACAACCAAAAUAAGGUCAGCCGUUAUAUUUUCUCUCCUGUGUGGAAGAGGGUCAUUUUUCCCCGCAGUAAGUAAACUCACACCCUCAGGGGCCUGGGAUGUGCCCAUAAAACCAAGGGCUGGAGGGAGCCUCCCGUCUUUGACAAGGCUCCAGCACCAGGACCAGCUGCCCCCGCAGCGGGCCUCCAGCAGGGCAUGUCCCUGUGGAGGCACCAGGGCCGUGUGCCCUCUGCUUCUCCCAUCCUGUCCAGGCCAUCGUUUCUGCCCUUCACGUCACCUUCUUUGUUGUGGUUGGAAGAGAGCCACUGCUAUCUACCGUGUUUCCCUGAAAGUAAGACCUAGCUGGACCAUCAGC